AUGGCGUCCCAUGGCAUCCUCGUCCCCCUCCUCUUCUUCUUCUUCCUCCUCUCCGCACUCUCCGACGCGACUCUCAAGGAGGGCAGCAAUGGCGAGCUCCCGGACGACUUCGAGUUCGACAUCCACGUGGACGUGACCUUCGCCAACGAGCGCCUCCGCCGCGCCUACAUCGCGCUCCAGGCCUGGCGCAAGGCCAUCUACUCCGACCCCAAGAACUUCACCGGCGGCUGGGCCGGCGCCGACGUCUGCGCCUACUUCGGCGUCUCCUGCGUCCAGGCCCUCGACGACCCCAACGCCACCGUGGUCGCUGCCGUCGACCUCAACGGCGGCGACAUCGCCGGCCACCUCCCACCCGAGCUCGGCCUGCUCGCCGACAUCGCCGUCUUCCACAUCAACUCCAACCGCUUCUGCGGCAUCAUCCCGGAGACCUUCUCCCGGCUCUCCCUCCUCCACGAGCUCGACGUCAGCAACAACCGCUUCGUGGGGCCGUUCCCCAAGGUGGUUCUCCACAUUCCCGUGCUCAAGUACCUCGAUUUGAGGUUCAAUGAUUUCGAGGGGGAGCUGCCCAAGGAGCUCUUCGAGAAGAGCCUCGACGCCGUCGUGCUCAACAGCAACCGCUUCGUGGGCUUCAUCCCGGACAACAUCGGCAACUCCACGGCGUCGAUGGUGGUGCUCGCCAACAACAAGUUCGUGGGAUGUAUCCCGCGGGGCGUGGGGAUGAUGGCGGGGACGCUGGACGAGCUCGUGCUGCUCAACAACCGGCUCGACGGCUGCAUGCCGCCGGAGCUGGGGAUGCUGGGGAACACGACGGUGGUGGACGUCAGCGGGAACGCGCUCGCCGGCACGCUGCCGGAGGAGCUGCAGGGGCUGAAGAAGGUGGAGCAGCUGGACGUGUCGAGGAACCUGAUGGCCGGGGCUGUGGGGGAGAAGGUGUGCACGCUUCCGGCGUUGGCCAACUUCAGCUUUGGCGGGAAUUUCUUCAGCCAGGAGGCGCCGGCGUGCGUGCCCAAGGAGGGUGGGGAUGUGGAGAUGGAUGAUAAGGGGAACUGCUUGCCCGGGCGGCCGGCGCAGAAGACCCCGCUUGAGUGUGGCCCAGUGCUCGCUAGGCCUGUGGAUUGCAGCACCAAUGUCUGCUCCGCGCGACCGUCCAAGCCCAAGCCCGUGUACCCGCCGGUCGUCGGCCCAUAUAUGCCUAAAGCACCGGCACCGCCCAAGUAUCCGCCGGUGGUCGGCCCGUAUAUGCCUAAAGCACCACCGCCCGUGCCGGUGAUGUCACCGCCUCUGCCGGUGAAAUCGCCUCCACCACCAGUACCGGUGAGCUCACCUCCUCCACCCGUGAAAUCCCCACCGCCACCCGUGCCCGUGAGUUCUCCGCCACCGCCGGUGAAAUCCCCUCCGCCGCCUGCUCCAGUGAGCUCUCCCCCUCCACCACCUGCUCCAAUAAGAUCCCCACCUCCGCCUGUAAAAUCACCUCCGCCACCGGCACCAGUAAGCUCACCACCUCCACCUGUAAAAUCACCUCCGCCACCAGCUCCAGUAAGCUCUCCACCUCCACCAGUGAAAUCCCCGCCACCACCAGCGCCCGUAAGCUCACCGCCUCCACCUGUAAAAUCCCCUCCACCACCAGCACCGGUAAGCUCGCCACCUCCGCCUGUAAAAUUCGCACCACCCCCAGCGCCGGUAAGCUCGCCGCCUCCGCCUGUAAUCCCCCCCACCCCCAGCUCCAGUAAGCUCCCCACCACCACCGGUAAAAUCCCCUCCUCCGCCUCCAGUACCAUCCCCGCCGCCACCAGCUCCGGUGAGAUCGCCUCCUCCUCCAGUGUUCCCACCGCCGCCACCGGCCGUCCCAUCGCCUCCUCCGCCAGCGCCAUCACCGCCUCCGCCGGCCCCGGCAGGAAUCAUACUACCACCGAUCAAAGCACAGAACUACAUGUCACCACCGCCGCCUCAAUUCCAAGGAUACUAAUCAUCAAGCGCGAGGGAAGCCUGCCGGAGAGAGACCACGAGGACGAUUGACGAGAGGAUUGGAUCACGGCGCUCUAUGGUGAUUCUUCUUCAUCAUGUGCUUACAUGAGAUUGAGGGCACCAUGAUUGCGUGCAUGUCCAUGUAUCCACGCGUGUACAUAUACUUACUUGUGCACCCUGUAGUCGAGCUACAUACGUAUACAUACCCGUAAGGAGAUGGAGAUGAAGAAGAAAGAGGGGGAGGGUGCUGAGUACAAAAAGGAGAAAAAAAAUACGAAGGGAAAUCAAUUAACAUGGCCAUUACUUAUCACAAAUGCAUAUUAAUCUGUGUGGUCUCUAACUGAAAUUCUUCCUUGGAGAUAUGGGAAGUUGGUGUAUUUGUAUUUGAUCAUUAGGAAUUUAACUUUUUUCAGGAAUUAGGUGUUGGUUUAAAUGUCACAUGUUGAAAUGUGGAUGGGGAAAUUGGAAAUAUGAUAAUUGGUACUUCCUUCGUCCAUAA